UUUAAUAUCCGCAGUAGAGAAAAGUGAGAGGGAAAACUGGAACAGGAAGAACGAACCUGUUUAAUUCCCCCAAAUCCGAAGUUGAUCCUGAAACCCUAAAUAGACCUUAACGUUGUGUCUAUGAUUGUGAAUUAUGGACGCGAAGGAUAUCCUGGGAUUGCCCAAAAACUCAUUCCCAACUCUCGAGAAGAAGUCUCGUCCUCCCAAAGAGUCUCAAAGAAAACCAGAUGGCAUUUCACGCGAGGUGUAUGCGCUUACGGGUGGAUUGGCCCCUCUCAUGCCUGCAACUGAAGCCUCUCAGUUGAAGAAAAAGCCUCCUCCUCUGGAAAAGAUCACUUGGCAGUGGCUUCCUUUCACCAGUUCUGCUCGUAAAGAUAAUCUUCAUCUUUACCAUUGGGUACGAGUCGUUAAUGGUGUUCCUCCCACAGGGGACUAUUCUUUUGCCAAGUAUAACAAGUCCGUUGAUGUUAUCAAAUACACAGAUGAGGAGUAUGACAAGUAUUUGACAGAUCCUAUGUGGACCAAAGAGGAGACGGAUCAACUAUUUGACUUAUGUGAGAGAUUUGAUCUCCGAUUUAUUGUAAUAGCUGAUAGGUUUCCAUCCUCUCGGACUGUAGAGGAAUUAAAGGAUAGAUAUUAUAGUGUUUCCCGGGCUAUAUUGAUUGCUAGGGCUCCAUCUUCUGGGGAUGUCGCAGCACAUCCUAUUGUUAAGGAAACAUAUAAUUUUGCACAAGAAAUGGAACGAAAACGAGCACUGUCCAUGGUCCUCUCUCAAACAAGGCAACAAGAACGAAGAGAUGAAGAGGUUCUUGUUGAAGCAAAAAAAAUAGCGGAAAAACGCCUACCUCCCAAGGUUGCUGAACAGUCUCAGUUGGUUGCUUCUAAUGCUGGUGCAGAAGCUACAGAGAGGGCUGUCCCUGGUGAAACCAUAUCUCCAUCAAAUGUGCAAAUUCCAAUGGCUGUUCCAGAUAAUGCAUCUACUCUAGCUUCUCUUCGUAUGCUUCGUGUAUAUUUGAGAACAUAUGCACUUGAGCAAAUGGUGCAAGCUGCGAACGCAUCUGCUGGACUUCGGACUAUCAAACGGGUUGAACAAACUUUGCAAGAUCUUGGGGUCAAUUUGAAGCCAAGGGUUCCAACGAAAGCUGUUUGUGCAGAGCAUCUUGAAUUAAGAAAAGAAAUACUAACUUGGCUUAAUCUCCAGAAGCAGGUGCAAUAUAAAGAGGCUGAAGGUUCCUCUUUUCGUGAUGGGUCAUAUGGUGAAACACCUGGAACACCAAAGCAUUUACAUCGUGUUGGGGAUCAGGACCGAACAUUUGUUCCAGAUUCAACGAAUUUCGGAGUGGAAAGGGUUGGCAAAAAGGACCAAAAGCGCAAGGCACCUGGAGCUCCAUCAGCUCAUAAAAGACCUAGAAAACUAAAGGCCUCAGAUCUUUAGUUUCUCAGGUGGCAACCGGGAAAGGUGUUUCAAUUCACAGAAUUCUUUCAAUCAAACUGAAAUUUGGUUUACUUCGGUCUGCAAUUUUAGAUUAAUGCCACUCUUGUUAUUCGAUGUAAAAAGAAAAGUGAGAUCCCUGAGAUGAGUGAGAUCUGCCAUCUUAACCAUGCCCUGAGAAGCUGGACUUUAUUUCUUGUGCUGUUAAUGCUUUGUAGAAUUGUAGGGAGACCAGGUACAAAAAAGGCAUCUUAUUUGAAUAUGCAUGUAUAUAAGUUUGGACAUGGGAAUUCCAGAUGCCUUUGACAGCUUAUGUCGGGAUGUAGAAAUUGGGUGCGGAUGGAACAAGUGUCCUGCUUCAUAAAUGUUUCUAAUCGUUCACACACCCAAUGAAAAAAAAAAUGUUUUUAUUCAA